AAACUCCUUCGCAGAUAUUGAUUUGAAACUGGCUACAAUGUGGCGUUGACCGUCACUUCCUCGUUGUAGCGCUCGCGCUGCGGAAGUGUUUGAAAGUGCAGUUGCGCGAGACGACUAGCGCUGCACGAGCUGAUCGAUAGGCCUCCGCACGCGGCAUGUGAUGGAGUGGCAGCCGGAUGAACAAGGCCUCCAGCAGGUCCUGCAUCUCCUGAAAGACUCCCAGUCUCCGAACACAGCCGCGCAGAGAGCUGUGCAGCAGAAACUAGAGCAGCUCAACCAGUUUCCUGAUUUCAACAACUAUCUUAUCUUCGUCCUGACAAGGCUGAAAACUGAAGAUGAGCCCACUCGAUCUCUCAGCGGUCUGAUACUGAAGAACAACGUCAAGGUUCACUAUCAGAACUUCCCCCCUGCAGUCGCGCACUUCAUCAAGCAGGAAUGUUUAAACAACAUCGGAGACCCUUCCCCUCUCAUCCGCGCCACGAUCGGCAUCCUCAUCACAACGAUUUCCACCAAAGGGGAGCUGCAGACGUGGCCGGAGUUACUGCCUCAUCUGUGCAACAUGCUCGAUUCGGAGGACUACAACAUCUGUGAGGGCUCGUUCGGAGCUUUACAGAAGAUCUGCGAGGACUCGUCUGAGCUCCUAGACAGCGACGCUCUCAACCGACCCCUCAACAUCAUGAUUCCCAAGUUCCUGCAGUUCUUCAAACACUGCAGUCCCAAGAUCAGGUCUCAUGCUAUUGCCUGUGUGAACCAGUUUAUCAUCGGAAGAGCACAAGCCCUGAUGGACAACAUUGACACCUUCAUUGAGAGUCUGUUUGCGCUGGCCGCAGAUGAGGAAUCGGAGGUGCGCAAGAACGUGUGCAGGGCUCUGGUCAUGCUGCUGGAGGUGCGAGUGGACCGCCUCAUCCCUCACAUGCGCAGUAUCGUUGAGUACAUGCUGCAGCGCUCACAGGACCCGGAUGAGAACGUGGCCCUGGAGGCCUGUGAGUUCUGGCUUACACUGGCUGAACAGCCCAUCUGUAAGGACGUCCUGUCUGGACAUCUUGCACAACUGGUUCCUGUUCUGGUGAACGGCAUGAAGUACUCUGAGAUUGACAUCAUUUUGUUGAAGGGUGACGUGGAGGAAGACGAGGCCGUGCCGGACAACGAGCAGGACAUAAAGCCACGCUUUCACAAGUCUCGCACCGUCACCCUUCGGCAUGAGGGUACUGAGGGUGAGGAAGGAGAGGAGAGUGAUGAGGAUGACGAUGACGACGACGACAGUUUGUCCGACUGGAAUCUACGAAAGUGUUCGGCGGCUGCCCUUGAUGUCCUGGCAAACGUGUUUCGGGAUGAGCUGCUGCCCCAUCUACUUCCAGUGCUGAAGGAGCUGCUGUUCCACCCGGACUGGAUUGUUAAAGAGUCUGGCAUCCUGGUGCUGGGAGCCAUCGCUGAAGGCUGUAUGCAGGAUAUGGUGCCGUACCUGCCGGAGUUGAUUCCUCACCUGAUCCAGUGUCUCUGUGAUAAGAAAGCGCUGGUCCGCUCCAUCGCCUGCUGGACUCUGAGCCGCUAUGCACACUGGGUGGUCAGCCAGCCGCCAGACCCCUACCUCAAACCCCUCAUGACCGAGCUGCUCAAACGCAUCCUCGACAGCAACAAGAGGGUUCAAGAGGCCGCCUGCAGUGCGUUUGCAACUCUUGAAGAGGAGGCCUGUACAGAGCUGGUCCCCUACUUGAGCUUCAUUCUGGACACGCUGGUGUUUGCCUUCAGCAAGUACCAGCACAAGAACCUGUUGAUCCUAUACGACGCCAUCGGAACCCUUGCUGACUCUGUGGGACACCAUCUUAACCAGCCGGAAUACAUCCAGAAGCUCAUGCCUCCUCUUAUUCAGAAAUGGAAUGAGUUAAAAGAUGAAGACAAGGAUCUGUUCCCUUUGUUGGAGUGCCUGUCUUCAGUGGCCACAGCACUACAGAGCGGCUUCCUGCCCUACUGUGAACCAGUUUACCAGCGCUGUGUGACCCUGGUCCAGAAGAACCUCGCUCAAGCCAUGAUGUAUAACCAGCACCCUGACCAGUACGAGGCCCCUGAUAAAGACUUCAUGAUUGUGGCCCUCGAUCUGCUCAGCGGUCUGGCGGAGGGACUCGGAGCUCAUGUAGAACAGCUGGUCACCCGCAGCAACAUCAUGACCCUGAUCUUCCAGUGCAUGCAGGACACCAUGCCAGAAGUGCGUCAGAGUUCGUUCGCUCUGCUGGGGGACCUGACUAAGGCGUGUUUCCUUCACGUCAAGCCCUGCAUCGCUGAGUUCUUGCCUGUCCUGGGCCUCAAUCUCAACCCGGAGUUCAUAUCGGUGUGCAACAAUGCCACAUGGGCCAUCGGAGAGAUCGCCAUACAGAUGGGUACGGAGAUGCAGCCGUUUGUGGCCCUGGUUCUCAAUAGCCUUGUGGAGAUCAUCAACAGACCUAAUACACCUAAAACUCUGCUGGAGAACACGGCCAUUACGAUUGGUCGGCUGGGAUAUGUGUGCCCACAGGAAGUUGCCCCCAUGUUGCCACAAUUCAUUCGCCCUUGGUGCACGUCACUUAGAAACAUCCGGGACAAUGAAGAGAAAGAUUCCGCCUUCAGGGGCAUUUGCGUAAUGAUUGGGGUAAAUCCUGGAGGAGUUGUACAGGAUUUCAUCUUCUUCUGUGACGCUGUGGCCUCCUGGGUAAAUCCAAAAGAGGAUCUGAGGGACAUGUUCUACAAGAUUUUGCACGGCUUCAAGGAUCAGGUCGGUGAGGAUAACUGGCAGCAGUUCUCUGAACAGUUUCCACCGCUGCUGAAGGAGAGGCUUUCAGCCUGCUAUGGUGUGUAGACACCGCCCCGCUGACAUGGGAACCAACUAUUAGGUCAAAUCUACGGGAGGGUUACCGGGGAACUCAUCCAUGUCUGUUUGUGGGAACUACCUGCUGUUAGAGCCAAAGACGUGUGACGGUUUGUGAUCUGGAGCGACCCCGCGUCCUCCAGCUCUGUGCAAGAGGAUUCGAAAGAGAGUUAAUGUGAAAUCAGCCUUUUUACUGUCACCGCUUGGCUUCUGACUUGCUCCGAAUGGGAAUAAAAGCUGAAGCUCAGGGAUCUUGAUCGGGAGGGAGGGUUCGUUCAGGCAAGAUUCACCAGCUGCUUAUAGGACAAAACCACGCCAUUCACUAGUCCAGCUUCGGCCAAGCCUGGCUUCUCCGCUAGACGCCAAAAGCACACACACAAACUGCAACGAGCGGCAUACAUGUGCCUGAACGAAAAAUUUGUUUUCUUAAAGCGACAGAUCACCCAAAAAUGAAAACUUCCAAGCUAAUAUCUCUAAAAACAAGUGUAUAUCAUCUCUAAGAUGUGGAAUAGCACAAUUACUCUUUUACAUGUAUAACAAAAUGUGCGUUAUAGCUGCAAAAGUUAUGAUUUUAAAGUAGUUAUGCAGUGUUUUCCCAGUCUCCUGAAGCCAUGCAGAGGUUUGCUUGAGAAACUGGCUGAAGUGAAGUAGUUAUUCGCUAAAAGCUGUGAUUAUACACCGCAUAAGUCACCAUCAACUUUCGUUUCGUGGGAAAUUUUCAUUUUGGUGGUGUCCUUUCGUUUUAAAAACUAAGUAUAACACCAGUUCUUAGGGUUGGCUAAUGACAGACGCAUGCAAUCAUCAUGACACAAGUACAUAUUUCAAAAUUUUAUGCCUGCUUGAUUUAUUUCCACAGCUCCGUAUUGCAUCGAUCUAUCUUUUCAUUCCACAAAGUAACGGCUUGCUUCAUGUAUCGCUGAUAAUUCUGCUGUAGCCAGUAAAGGAACCAUAAUGGAGGUGUUGAUUUAGGCCACGUUUCAUUAAGCACAUACCUUGAUUUGUUUCCUCUCUUCUUUUUGCCAAUCUAAAAAGUGCAUAGCGAGAAAGGCAAUGAGGAUUCUUGAUUAAGUGACGAGUAAUAAUUUUUCCUAAUUGAUCGCUGUGAUCUGUAGUUGUAUUUAAGCAUUAUUAUUCUUUUGUGUUGCAAACGUCACGUAAAGAUUGAUCCUGCACCAAGAAGUCACUGUAGAGAACGAGUGUUUGCCUCUGCUGCGUUAAAAUAAAUUAUAGGGAUUUAAAUAACUGUAAUGCUUAAGGAACUUUAGUUAGUGGCAUUAUUGAUAUGCACUUUCUCUUAUAAGGACUGUUUGUUUCCCCCUCAAAGAUGGGAACCUAGUGAAGUUAUGAAGGCUGUUUUUGUUAAGAGUAAGGAUGCUUGGCUUGUGUACGGACAAUCUAAUUAUCACGACAGAGAAAGCGAUUUCUUUAAUUAGCUUAAAUUUAACACGGAGUAAAAUUUUAGCAAAGCAACUAACCUGUGUUAAUAGCAUGUGAAGUGUUAAGAUUCUCCAGGCCACACAAUAUGCAGUUGUCCCUUGUAGACGGAUUUAAUUUCAAGGAUGUGUAAUUGCAAGUACAUCGUAUGUCGAUGGGGUUUAGAAUUUUAGGAGAGGUUUCCCAAAUCUUUUUCCCAUAUUUUUUUUUUUUAGCCGCUUUGAGCAUAUUUUAGCUGUUGUUGUGAUUUUUAAAAUGCCUGUUUAAGCAAUAUGCAUGUUCAUCUCUACGAAUAUCAGUUGCAUCUAAAGUUUAUUUUCUCAUUAAACACUAGCUCUGACGAUUUCGUUUUUAAAAUAAAUACUUAAUUUUUUUAAGGUGCUUUUUUUCCGUUUUACAUGUAUUUAACAGAUUUGGUAAGCAACCCUGAUAGACAUUUAAUUCAAGAAUAACUCGAGUUUGACCUUAAAAUGCAAAGUUUAUAUUGUAAAAUUGUGUGGUCAGAUUUGGAAAUCAUGCUGUAUUUAGAUUUGGUUCGUUAAAACUGUCAAAUUAAAAGCCUCACUUUCUUAUUAAUGCACUGAUGCAUUUGCUCCUGUUACUGUAAAGACGUUAUGCUGCCAAGCAGACCCGUGAUCCAACAAGACCUUCUGUAUUUUUUUUUUUUUUUAACUUUUGCAUUUUAUUUAAAAUUGAUUUGAGUAUUUUCGUUUAAUUGUUUAAUAUGCUUUUGUUUAAUAUAUUUUGUUUUGUGCAUAUGCACAAAGAUUUUUUUAGACUUUAAAAGUUUUCUUUUUGCUUUCUUUUUGUUUUAAAGAAUUUUAUUUAUUUGUUUUGGAUUUUUCUUUUACUUUUCUGCGAUGGAGAAAUGCGUUUAGCUUAUGAUUUUCAGAAAGUCUGCUGAAGCAUUAUGAUGUUUACCUCACCCUUACCAGUCCUCAGUUUGGAUGUAGACUUGUUUUUCCACUAAUCACCUUUCUUCAAAUUCUUUGAAUGGGAAAAUAAACCUUUUCUGUCAAAUAAAAACAAA